AUGUUGAUGACGAAAAGGAGAUUUUGACUUUAGGAUGGUAAUGACGAAAAGGAGAUUUUGACGUUAGGAUGGUGAUGACGAAAAGGAGAUGUGGGCUGCUGCUUGGGAAGCUGAUUCAUCUAGCUCGGUUAAUAUCAAGAAAAGCAGUUUACAGUACAAUAAGUUAUCGCUGUGCAAAAAGAGCACCUGUAAAGUACUACUACCAAGGACGUAAGGAAUUCGGAGCCUAUAAUACUCAGAUCAACCGUCUCUUAAAAUAUGGGACAACAGAAAUGUACAAGAGUCAAUUUGGUAUGACGAGAUCAGAGUAUCAUUCACUUUUCAUGAAAGUUCGACCGCUUCUAGAACCAAAGAAGUUCAACCGGAAAAGUACGUCAAUCUCAGCUAGAGAGCAGCUCAUUUUAACCCUAAGCUACCUGAAGUCUGGGUGUGCGCAAGGGUAUCUGGCGAACCAGUUUGUACUAUCCCGGUGCAGAGUGUGUAGGAUAAUAAAGAAGGUGACAACGGCCAUCUCUGUCUGCCUGGCUGAACACGCAGAUUUUCGUCCACGGUCGACUGAAUGUUGGAAAAAAAUUGCUCAGAGAUUCCAUGAAAGAUGGCAGCUGCCGCACUGCAUUGGGGCAGUGGACGGCAAGCAUUGCUUCAUUACAAAAUUUGGGAAAACUGGAAGUUACACGAUUAAUUAUCACGGAUGGCCGUCUGUUAUUCUCCUCGCAGUGUGUGACGCUGAUUAUAUAAUCCGUCAUUUUAACGUUGGAAGCUUUGGCGGUCGAUCAGACGGAGGAAUCUGGUCAGAGGACAGACUGGGACGAGGACUGGCCUCCGGAGAAUUCCUAGAACGGGGUUUUAUACCUGCUGCUGAGAUUCUGCCGAAUGAUGAUCAGGAGCGACUUGGUAGAGUCAAUUACUACAUUGUCGGUGACGAUGCCUUUCCCCUUCAUGCUCAUUGUAUGAAGCCGUACAGGGGGAAGGUGUCAAAAUCUCAGCGGAUGACAAACUAUAGGUUAUCCAGAGGCAGGAUGGUCAUAGAGUGCGUCUUCGGACACCUAUCAAGGAAAUGGAAGAUCCUGAGUCACCUGACCACAAAUGAGGAGGUGACUAGGCUGAUUCUGAAAAGCUGUGUGCAUCUGCACAAUUUCUUGCGGAUAUCACGCUUGGACGACGCAGACGAGCUGGAACUGAUUGAAAAGCCUCCUUCGGAGCUCUUCGGACGCAGCUUGUCCCUCGACGAUUCUCCUAACCAUCUUGUGGAUUCUGGGGAGAGGACAAGGACAAGAUUGCACUAUUAUUUUAAUUAUGUCAACCCGAUUGAGAUCCAGAGAUAAGUUAUGGCUUCCCAUCUUAGACCACAACUCAGCUCUUUAUCUGCAUAAAAGAAACACCACCCGCCAGAUUAAAUUCACUUAAAUUCCAUCAUUUGUAUUAGGUCAAUGAAACUGCAUACAUAACAAGCUUAGACAUUUCCUCGAAUA